GUGCGCAGCUUUGUGAAUGUCAAGUAUAAGCGAUUUAACCGGCAAGUAGGUUCUCCAGCAGCAGCUUUUACGUAAAUCUUUGGUAAAAGCAAAGUAAAGAAUGUCGCGUACAUUGCAACGUUUAAUUGGUGGCUGCAGACGCUGGACGCAAUCGAGUUCUCGCACGCAGCUGCAGACACAGUCACAGUCAUGGGGACAGCGUUAUAUGGCCCAAAAAGCGAGUGAUCCCACAAAGGGCAAGGGACCGAUAUCAUGGAAGAGUCUGUCAGUGAUUGGCGUUUUGGGCGCAGGAGGUCUUGCCUUUAUGUUAUAUGUAAAGCAUGAAAAGGAUGAGGCACGGUUAAGGGAGCGCAAAAGACAACUGGGCAAGGCCGCCAUUGGAGGUCGCUGGGAGUUGAUUGAUUCAGAAGGCGUGGUUCGCAAGUCGGAAGACUUUCUGGGCAAGUGGCUGCUUAUCUAUUUUGGAUUCACCCAUUGCCCCGACAUUUGCCCAGAUGAGCUGGACAAAAUGGCUCUAGUGGUCGAUGAAGUUGAAAAGUCACCGCAAGCACCGCCAGUGCAGCCCAUAUUCAUAACCGUAGAUCCAGAACGUGAUUCGAAGGAGGUGGUAGGCAAAUACGUAAAGGAGUUCUCGCCCAAGUUGCUUGGCCUAACGGGAACCGUGGAUCAAAUACGAAAUGUCUGCAAAGCUUUCCGAGUUUAUUUUAGCGCUGGGCCCCGCGAUGAGGACAACGAUUACAUUGUCGAUCAUACCAUCAUCAUGUACCUGGUGAAUCCAGACGGAGAAUUUGUUGAUUAUUACGGGCAGAACCGAGACAAGGAUCAGUGUGUGGCAUCGAUUCUGGUCAACAUAGCCAAAUGGAAUUCAAUGAACAAAAAGGGCUGGUUCAGUUAAGCUGUCUGGCGUUGCCACAGAUUUUGUUAUAUUUUAAAUUUUAUUUCGUAUCAAGUUGGCAGCACUCGGCAUAACAACCCCGUCAAAUUUGUAUACUCGCUCUUUUUGACGUUUGUGCUGCGUGGAUGUUGCAGAAAUUGUUUUGUUUUCUCGCAAUAAAUAUAUAUAAAAUACCAAAA